CCUACAUCAAUUAAUGUAAACAUUGGAUACCGGCAUACAAAGCUCACACCGUCUUUAGAAUUCUUUAAGGUUCUGAGUUCCGCACAGAUAAGUUUUCAGCUUUCUCGUUCGUGUUACUUGUGAUACGUCUUUACUCUACUCUGCAUCAAAGCACGAUACAUUGGUAAUUCUAGAGCUGUCACCGCAGUCUAUGUACCUAAUCUAUCUCGUCAAUUCCAUCCAACCCCUGAUGGUUCCGCCUUCAAAUUGUCUUACCAGCUACUUAGUACCUACUAUCACAUUACAGUCACAUCUCAUUCCAUGAAUCCCGCCAAACAACAACUGAGCAAUCUAUCCGAGACGGAGGACCUACACAUACACCUCGCUCUCUCACAGGAUAGGGCUGCAGACGACGCUUCUUCUCCUCCAAUGCCGCUCCCACCCAACACCACGCCGGUUCCCAAUCCGGUGUUCAUGCCGGGCAUGUCGCACCAAACGGAGGCGCCCGCGGCAACAACUCCAACUCCAACACCUUCUUCAAAGGAUCAGUCAACCUCCGUAGCAACAACCCCCACCUUCGACCUCCCACGCCUCCGCCUCCACAUCCAAGAAAUCAACCACCCCGGCUCCUCCGUCUUCCUCUCCGCCAUCAACGCCUCCACCGUUCUAAAAACGAGCAUCGAAUCCAUAUACAAGUACCUCUACCUCUCCACCUCCACCCCCACCUCCCGCCCCUACCCGCCCCCACCAACACGCUCCGUAACCCUGAUCCUGCGCCCCAUGGACGGCGUCGCCUACACGACGGGCAGCGACCUCGACCCAGAGCACAAGGAGAUCCACUUCUCCUUACCCUACAUCUCGACCAUCACCCCGCCCACCCGGCAAACCUCCGAGAUAACCGGCAUCAUCACGCACGAGCUGGUGCACUGCUACCAGCACACGGGCCGCGGGUUCGCGCCCAGCGGGCUGAUCGAGGGCGUCGCCGACUGGGUGCGCCUGCAGUGCGAGCUGGCCCCGCCGCACUGGAACCCGGCCGAGGUCCCCGCCAAGUGGGACGCCGGGUACCAGCACACGGCCUACUUUUUGCAGUACCUCGAGGACCGCUUCGGCGCCGGCACCGUCCCGCGGCUCAACGAGAAGCUGCGGACCGACAAGUACGUGGAAAAGGCCUUCUGGACCGAGCUUGUGGGCGGGCCUGUCGAACAACUGUUUAAAGACUACAUCAAGACAUUACAGAAAGACGGUGAUAAGUGUUGCGUUGAGUUGAGUUAAGCUGAAUUUGAGUCAAGAGCAAGUCAUGGAACCAUGGACGAAGGGCCGAGUCACUUUCUCAAAAAGGGCGCUCUUAUUGAAUGGCGUUUAUUCUAGUUGUGACGCGAGCUUGUAAUACCCACUUAGCAUGCAA